AGUGUUGGGGCAGAGUCACAGGACGGAGAGGAUCAGACGCAUCGUGUACACAGGUCUCUGCUAAUUCCUGCUGCGACAUCAUCCCGGAAAAUCCGCACACGCCUGCAGCCAUGCCGGUCACAGUGAAGGCUUACCUACUGGGCAAAGAUGAGAGCCACAAGGAGAUCCGACGCUUCACCCUACAGCUGGGCAAGGGCAAGUCUGCCAGCCAGCCCUCCAGCUGUGAGCUGCUCACCAGCAAGGUGACAGAAGUCUUCCAGGGCCUGAGAGGAGGCACGUUCCAGAUGUUCUACAGAGAUGAAGAGGGAGAUCUUGUGGCUUUCUCCACUGAUGAAGAACUGGACAUGGGCCUGGAAAUGGUGAAUGACGGUGUCUUUCGUCUGUACAUUAAAGAAAAGAGAGAAUGCAAGCGAGAGCACCGCGCACAUUGUGGAUCGGAGAACACCCAGAACGUGGUGCACCCCAACGUGACCUGUGAUGGGUGUGAUGGUCCUGUUGUGGGGAACAGGUACAAAUGCCUGAUCUGUCCUGACUAUGACCUGUGCAACACCUGUGAGGCUAAAGGGAUCCACAAGGAGCACAACAUGAUCAUGUUCCCGACUCCCAUUGCCUUUCCUCAUGGUCGCUGGCUCCGCAAGAUGCGCCAUGGAGUGCCCCCGUUUUCAUGGAUGCAUGGGUGGGGGUUCCCAGCCAGAGGAACUCCCGGUCCAAACGCUCAGCAGCCACAAGGAUGUCCUGCCCAAAAUAGUCCUAACACUUCUCAGGAAGGUGAUCCUGGCAAUCCCUCCCAGCCAUGCAGCGAUCCGAAUGUUGCCUUCUUGCAGAAUGUUGGAGAGAGUGUGGCAGCCAUGUUGAGUCCUCUCGGAAUUGAUGUGGACAUUGACGUGGAACAUGGUGGGAAGCGCAGCAAGGUUUCAACUCCACAACCAGCUAGAGACUCUCAACCAAGCAGCACAUCCUCUACCCAGAAUCCCCAGAGCGGCAACACUGCACCCAUGGACACUGCACCUAUGGACACAGACAACAUUGCAAAACAGAUGGAAGAUGUACACAUAAAUGCAAACACACAGUUGAGCAAUGAACAGGGUGAACACAGUGGCAGUGCUUCAGGGGGUGAUGAGGACUGGACUCAUGUAUCGCCUAAAGAAGUAGACCCGUCCACUGGUGAGCUUCAGUCUCUUCAUCUUCUGGAUACAGAUGUCCCGAAUCCCUUAGAUGAAUCCAGAGCUACACAAGCACCCACAGGUCUAAGAGAAGCGGCUCUCUAUCCACAUCUCCCAGCAGAAGCCGACCCUCGUCUCAUUGAGAGCCUGUCACAGAUGCUGUCCAUGGGAUUUACAGAUGAAGGUGGUUGGCUCACUCGUCUUCUGCAAGCCAAGGGAUUUGACAUAGGGUCUGCCCUUGACACCAUGCAGUCUGUGCGGCAUCUUCCUCCACAAUAAAUAAUACACCGCUUUGUGCUUUUUAUUAUAUAACUUUGCCUUUCAUAUUUUCCACUAAAUUACUGUACUAGUAUGUAUGACCAAUGAAUGAAUUAACACUGCGGGAAUUUGCUUUGCCCAAAUGUCCCACAAUAUGAACUAUAAUUACUGUGCAGUCUGUUAACCUUCUAGUCCUGUAUGGUCAUUGUGUUCCCUGUGAAGAUCAGGUGGUGUAAUAAAUCAAAAACUUACAAUAUCAA